CUACAUGUAAAUUUUGCAUUGUUGGUUGUAGACGACCAACGCUGAUAAUGUGUCUGGAAAGAAAAUGUAAAUAAUCGUAAACCCACAAUUGGCCCCCGUGGAAACCUGAAAUCAAAUAGUGAAUGAUGUAUUCAUUCUAAUAUAUUCUUGCUUGAUACAAGUUGCAAAUCACAAAAGCAAGCAAUGUCGGAAUCAACUAAGUCAGUUCCUAAAGUUGAGGAAGAAGAAGGUGCCUCCAGCUCACCUUCAGAUAGGUCUAGUGCGACAUCAGGUCCUGGUGCAUCCAUUGCAACUGGAAUUGAUGUAAUUACUUCAUUCAUUCAAGAAAAACUUAAGAUUAGCAAUAAGCCUUCAGUGCAUCAAAAGAAACAGAUUUUGGUAGAACCCACCAUUCAGGCAGUAUGUGAUUAUAUAAAAAGCGGCCGGUGUAAGAAUAUUAUCACUAUGGUGGGUGCUGGGAUAUCAACAGCAGCUGGAAUCCCAGACUUUCGAUCACCUGGCUCUGGUCUUUAUGCCAACCUGCAAAAAUACAAUCUUCCUCAUCCAGAGGCUAUAUUCUUUCUGGAUUAUUUCCAUCACAAUGCAAAACCGUUUUUUUCAUUGGCCAAAGAACUAUACCCUGGUAGUUUUAAACCAACAAAAAGCCAUUACUUUAUCAAGCUACUAGAAGAGAAGCAACUUUUGUUGCGACAUUAUACACAAAACAUUGACACAUUGGAACGAAUUUCUGGUUUAAGUAGUGACAAGCUUGUUGAAGCUCAUGGAACAUUCCAUAGUGGGCAUUGUUUGGGUUGUAGGAAGGAGUAUACACAGGAGUGGAUGAAAAUAAGGAUUUUUCAAGAUGAAAUUCCUAUUUGUGAAGAUUGUCCAGGUGUUGUUAAGCCAGACAUUGUAUUCUUUGGCGAAGAUUUGCCAUUGAGGUUUUACAAGUGCAUGAAAACUGAUUUUAAGAAUUGCGAUUUAUUAAUCAUUAUGGGUUCCUCGUUGUGUGUUCAGCCGUUUGCCUCACUUGUAGAUCGAGUGAGUCGAUAUACGCCGCGAUUGCUGAUCAAUAAGGAAGAAGUAGGCGACUCAUUGGAGUUUCAUGAUGAACACAACACCAGAGACGUUUUAAUGCUUGGAGAUUGUGAUGACCAAUGUCAGAUUCUAGCUGAGAAAUUGGGAUGGAGUGAAGAAUUGAAUGAGUUGAUGAAAACGGAACAUGCAAAAGUUGACUGUAGUAAUUCAACAAAGUAGUAUAGGUAUAUUAUAAUUUCGAAUUUACAUUGCAAUGUAAAUAAUUUACUUUAUUACUUAUUAAUUAGCAAUACUAGCAAUUGUAAAUACAUAUAUUCAAUUGGGUCGAGAUCAGACAUGAAAUAAAUUUGAAAGUAAUUUUAUCGAAA